GGCUACUACUGGAGAGACGCAUUUACCGACGUCUUUAUUCCUAAAACAGUGUUUCAGAGGAGGGGUGUGAAGAUGUGCGCGAGGGGGGAACGGCGAGCUUUAAUCUGAGGAGCGCAUUCAACAGUGCGCAAAAGAGGAGUUGCUGAAAACAAGGUGGAGGAGUGAGUGAAUCGUCGGCCGGAGAGGAGAACCAGCCUUUUUCUGCAAUAAUAUCAGUCAGCCGCAGGAAGAUGAUAAAAUAUCGCCCUUUUUAAGGCUUGUACACAAUGUGAUUUUUCGCACCGAUCAAACGGAUUGCGCGCAACUCUUCCCGCGAACGCGCGACUGAUUUCUGGAUUCCUGAAGUUUUUAUUUUUAUUUAUUUUUUUUUAAUUGUUCCCCGUGUGCCUGGUGUUGAUCCAACUUUGGAACCACGGAGAGGCAGGAUCAGAGGAGGGUGGAUGGUCUAAACAUGAGUGAGCCGUCGGGGCAUCAGGGGGCGCUGGCUGGGGCUCCGAGAAGCACCUGAAUCUCUGACCUGAUUGUUUCUGCUGGAGGAUGGCAGGUGACCACAAGUCAAUAAUGGCGAAAAACGGAGGAGGACCCGCCGUCAAGGACCCGUCAGACCACUUCACGUUGUUCGUCCCGUCGCACGAUGUGCGCUGUGACAUUGCAAACCAGAAGAUGUGGUGGGCUUUUCUCGCCUCCUCCAUGGUGACUUUCUUUGGGGGUCUCUUCAUCAUCCUGCUGUGGAGAACCCUCAAAUAUCUGUGGACCGUGUGCUGCCACUGUAACGCCAAAAAGAAGGAGGUACACCGCAUCACCACAGGAGAUGGCAUCAAGCGUGCGGAUAGAGAAGAUGCUGCGGCGAGCGAGGUGGGUUGGAUGACCUCUGUGAAGGACUGGGCUGGAGUCAUGAUAUCCGCCCAGACGCUGACGGGAAGAGUCCUGGUGGUGCUCGUUUUUGCACUCAGUAUUGGAGCCCUUGUAAUAUACUUCAUAGAUUCCUCCAAACCCAUUGAGUCCUGUCAGAACUUCUACAAAGACAUAACGUUGCAAACCGACAUGGCGUUCAACGUCUUUUUCUUGCUUUAUUUCGGGCUACGUUUCAUUGCUGCUAAUGACAAGCUUUGGUUCUGGCUGGAGGUGAACUCGGUGGUGGACUUCUUCACGGUUCCUCCGGUGUUCGUGUCGGUGUACCUGAGCAGAAGCUGGCUUGGUUUGAGGUUUUUAAGGGCCUUAAGAUUGAUACAGUUCUCAGAAAUUUUACAGUUUUUGAAUAUACUAAAGACAAGCAACUCGAUUAAGCUGGUGAACUUGUGUUCAAUCUUCAUAAGCACAUGGCUGACUGCUGCAGGCUUCAUUCACUUGGUGGAAAACUCGGGGGAUCCUUGGGAAAGCUUUAAAAAUUCCCAAGCGCUUUCCUACUGGGAAUGCGUCUACCUGCUAAUGGUUACCAUGUCCACUGUCGGCUAUGGAGACGUUUAUGCAAAAACCACCCUUGGCCGCUUGUUCAUGGUCUUCUUUAUCCUUGGUGGUUUGGCCAUGUUUGCAAGCUACGUCCCUGAAAUCAUAGAGUUAAUAGGAAACCGCAAGAAAUAUGGUGGUUCCUAUAGUGCGGUUAAUGGGAGAAAGCACAUUGUGGUUUGUGGUCACAUAACACUCGAGAGUGUGUCCAACUUCCUAAAAGACUUCCUACACAAGGACAGGGAUGAUGUCAAUGUAGAAAUCGUUUUUCUCCAUAAUAUUUCCCCUAAUCUUGAGCUGGAAGCCUUGUUCAAGCGCCACUUCACCCAAGUAGAGUUUUACCAAGGAUCCGUCCUGAACCCACACGACCUGGCUCGAGUCAAGAUUGAAUCAGCUGAUGCCUGCCUGAUUUUAGCAAACAAGUACUGUGCUGACCCUGAUGCUGAAGAUGCGUCCAACAUCAUGAGGGUAAUAUCUAUCAAGAACUAUCAUCCAAAGAUCAGAAUAAUCACCCAGAUGUUGCAGUACCACAAUAAGGCCCACCUGUUGAACAUCCCCAGCUGGACCUGGAAGGAGGGAGAUGACGCCAUUUGCCUUGCAGAGCUGAAGCUUGGGUUCAUCGCCCAGAGCUGCCUGGCUCAGGGGCUCUCCACCAUGCUGGCCAAUCUUUUCUCCAUGAGGUCUUUCAUCAAGAUUGAAGAGGACACAUGGCAGAAGUAUUACCUUGAAGGAGUAGCCAAUGAAAUGUACACGGAGUACCUUUCAAGUGCCUUUGUGGGGUUAUCCUUCCCGGUUAUUUGCGAACUCUGCUAUGUGAAGCUCAAGUUGCUGCUGAUAGCUAUAGAGUACAAGUCUGAUCAGAGGGAGAGCAGCACACUGAUCAACCCUGGGAACCAUGUUAAAAUGCAGGAAGGAACACUGGGCUUUUUUAUUGCAAGUGAUGCCAAAGAAGUGAAGAGGGCAUUGUUUUACUGCAAGGCUUGCCAUGAUGACAUAACGGACCCUAAAAGAAUAAAGAAAUGUGGAUGCAAGAAAUCUAAAACAUCCAUCUACAAGACAAUGGGCCUGGCAUGUUGCUUUCGUUGCUGCCGCUCAGGGCGGUGCUGCUCUUGCAUGCCAGUUAGUGUGCGUUGUAGCUCAACCUCCCCUCGACGGGGCAACCCACCCUCUGCUGUCUCUGUUAGUGAUUGCUCAUCCGCUGUACGUGCCUCUAAAAAUAGCUAUAAUGGAUAUAUCAAGUCAAUUGAAGAGGACCAACAGUCUGCGCUGUCCCCCAAAAAGAAGCAGCGUAAUGGAGGCACGAGAAAUUCGCCCAACUCUUCGCCCAAGAUAAUGAGGCAUGAUCCACUCCUCAUCCCAGGCAGCGAGCAAAUUGAGACCAUGGACGAGAACAUAAAAAAGUAUGACUCCACUGGAAUGUUUCACUGGUGCCCGUCCAAGGACAUUGAGAAGGUUCUUCUGACCCGAAGUGAGGCAGCCAUGACGGUCUUGAGUGGACAUGUGGUGGUGUGCAUUUUCGGAGAUGUAAAGUCAGCUCUGAUUGGUCUCCGGAACUUUGUCAUGCCUCUAAGAGCCAGCAACUUUCACUACCAUGAGCUGAAGCACAUCGUGUUUGUUGGUUCCCUCGAGUAUCUGAAGCGGGAGUGGGAAACUCUACAUAAUUUCCCAAAAGUGUCCAUUCUGCCUGGCACACCGUUGAGCAGAGCAGAUCUAAGGGCCGUCAACAUAAACCUGUGCGACAUGUGUGUCAUCCUGUCAGCCAAUCAGAACAAUAUUGACGAUGCAUCACUGCAGGACAAAGAGUGCAUUUUGGCGUCGCUUAACAUCAAAUCCAUGCAGUUUGACGACAGCAUCGGGGUCUUGCAGGCCAACUCUCAAGGCUUCACACCACCAGGGAUGGAUAGAUCCUCUCCUGAAAACAGCCCAGUCCAUGGAUUAGUCCGACAGACCUCUGUCACCACUGGGGCAAACAUUCCCAUCAUAACCGAACUAGCACCAUUAGCAAAGCAAGGCAAAAAACUGCCUGUGAUUUCACUCAGUCAGGAUAAAAGCUGUGGGACCAGCAUACAAAUGAUAACUGAGCUGGUUAAUGACUCCAAUGUUCAGUUCCUGGACCAAGACGAUGAUGAUGACCCAGAUACGGAGUUGUACCUCACUCAGCCUUUCGCCUGCGGGACGGCAUUUGCAGUCAGUGUUCUGGACUCCUUAAUGAGUGCUACAUACUUCAACGAUAAUAUCCUCACCUUGAUCCGGACAUUGGUAACAGGCGGUGCGACACCGGAGCUUGAGGGGCUGCUGGCUGAGGAGAAUGCAUUGCGUGGCGGCUACAGCACGCCACAGACCCUGGCGAACAGGGACAGGUGUCGCGUGGCACAGCUGGCCCUGUACGACGGGCCCUUUGCCGACCUCGGGGAUGGUGGCUGUUAUGGUGACCUGUUUUGUAAAGCCCUGAAAACGUAUAACAUGCUGUGUUUUGGCAUCUAUCGGUUGCGAGAUGCACAUCUAAACACACAAAGCCAGUGUACCAAACGGUACGUCAUAACCAAUCCCCCGUAUGCAUUUGAGCUGGUGCCCUCUGACCUGAUAUUCUGCCUGAUGCAGUUCGACCACAACGCUGGCCAUUCUCGAACCAGCCUGUGUCACUCAUCUCAUUCUUCACAUUCUUCAAGCAAAAAGAGCUCGUCCGUCCACUCUAUCCCAACUGCAAACCGCACCAAUCGCACCAAAAGCAGGGACUUACGAGACAAACAAAAUGCAACAAUGAUCAACAGAGUGGGGCAAGAAAAGACAUGGUUUACAGAUGAGCCAGCGAAAACCCACCUGAGGACCAUGCAGCUCAGACCUGUGAAUACUCUCACCGUCAACCAGAUCAGUCAGAAUAAACCCACAAGCAGCUUGAUUCAACCCAUCAGAGAAGCGGAGGACGAGUGCUGACAGCCGGACUCCCAGAGGACUGGAAGGUGUCAGCCCCAAGUUCGGGACAUCUCAUCUGCAAACAGAAAUCCCCAAGCAACAUCAGACGAGACAAAAAAUGCUUUCUUCCUUUAGUUCUUUAGCAAUUUAAAGUCUGAGCGGAUUUAGACACAUAAUGACAAUCAUAGUUUAUUAUAUAUUUUGAAAUCACUCAGCUAUUAGCUUGCACAAUAACUCAACAAAAAUGACCAGACUCCAUAAUUUUAUUUUUACUUUGGGAGAAUGAGGGUCACUCCUAAAGAGCAAUGUAAACCCAAACCCCAGAGGAGACCGUUAACAUUACACUCAGAUUUCAACAAUGAAAUUAGCCUUUUAGCUGUCCACAAACAACUGCACCUAGUGUUAAAUUAUUCUGUACAGUUUGUGUAUUUGACUCCCCCCCUUCCAGAAUGGCAUUGUUGGUUCCUUUGCCGUUUUGAGCUAAUUCACAACAUUUGUGACCGUUACGAUGGCCAGCGUCCAUGUUUAAAUGGCAUUCGGCUCCAGCCUUAUCUCUGUCCAUUUAUAUUUAUGCCUUUUUAGGUUCUUGUUUAGUUCCUAUUUAUUUUUUUUUUUGUUUCAACGACCAAAAUCCCAGAACUGUUUCUCCAAAGAUGAAGCUUCUUGUGUUGCUACUCGUGAUAGAGCUGUUUGUUGGCCAUCUCACACACCUAUUAAAUGUAAAGUUAUGGGUUUACAUUAAAACACUAGCCUGCUGCUAGAUGUAAAAGCCACAUAUCGCAUGAAGUGGGCAUCUUCAAGUCCUCCUUUGGCUGUAAGCACUGCCUGACACAGGAUUGUCUUGGAGGGCUACUUGAAUGUACUCCAUGACCAAUCUUAACACCAUAAACUGCUACGUGUAGUAGAUGCAUGACAAACAGCUCUAUCAGAACCGUGCAUUUCAUGUGUUCAGACAACACCUUAGAGAAUUGUACACCCACGAGAUAAUGUCUUAUGAAGAAGCAGUUUCAGUAAGAAUGGAUACGUCACUCCUACGAAUCAUAGAAUGGAUACGUCACUCCUACGAAUCAUACAAUGGAUACGUCACUCCUACGAAUCAUACAAUGGAUACGUCACUCCUACGAAUCAUAGAAUGGAUACGUCACUCCUACGAAUCAUAGAAUGGAUACGUCACUCCUACGAAUCAUGUCUUAUAUAAAUGACGAUAAUUAUAUAUAGCUAUAUUGGCACUGUUGUCACUUUACGUCAGGACCACUGAGUAAGAAGGAAAAAGAACAUUAAAAACAACAAUCCGUAACAUUCUAAAUCCACACAUGAUGCAUCACAGUCCAGUUCAUUUUUUUAUGUUGGAUGGUUGAGAAUUUAAACAAAGAGAGAAGCAAAUGAUUGACAUUUCUGUCGGCGCAGGGACCAUCCGCCAUCCCUCGGUGCCAGUAAUGUGCCAGGCAGUGCUGAAGCCAACAGAGGACUCGAGGAAGACCCACAACUGCGAAAAGGGGCUUGCUAGUUCUGUUCUUUUUCUUCUAGAGGUGAACAUGUUCCUAAUGUCUUAAGGAAACAAACAGACUUCACCACCAUCACAAAGCAAUGCAUUUGGUGUAAAUCUGUAAAGUAUUUCUUGUAGUGUGUUUGGCAGUACCUUCAACGGACUAGUUUCAAUCAUUUUGUGCACUUUUUUUAAGCGCAUUGACUCGUCGAAACGAUGACAGUCUUACGGUGAUAUCUAUGUCAUUACUCAGUAACACAUACAGUUUGUUGUCUUGUAUAAAUUGCCCUGUACAUAAACUGUACAGGAUUUCAUUUUUGUAUUUUCACAAAUUAAAAGCAGAUGUACUGUGUUCUACA